AUGACUGCGCUUGGGGGUUCUCAUCAGUCGUACUACAGAUUGGCUCAGGAACGAGAAUUCUACAAGUAUUUCCCUCGUGAACAGUCCGCGUCGCAUUACGCCCCCUUCGACAAUGCUAGCCAAAAUACCUUCAAACCGCAGCCUUCCCGCGACACUGCCCUGAACUCGUUUGCCCAACUAGGCGCUAUCCGGUUGGGGGCUCGACGUGCUUUUAUCUCACUCUUUGAUCGGACCCACCAACAUGUGGUCGCAGAAGCCACCCCGUCAUUGAGUCUGGUUGGCAGCCAUGCUCGCGAUCAGCGCGACCAGCUUCGACUUGGGUGCUGUGUGCUGCCCAAAGAGAAGGGUCUCUGCCAUUGGGUGGAGGGUCUACCCUCCGAGCACGCUAAGGAGUUUGAAGAUGUUGUCGGCGAUCGCACAUUAGUCGUGCUGGAUCUGAGCAAGAACGAGCGAUUCGAGCAUCGUCAAGUACUGAGCGCAUUUUCCGACGUCAAGUUCUACGCAGCAGUUCCCAUAAUUAGCCCUCGAGGGUAUACAAUUGGAGCUUAUAGUGUGAUGGACACUGAACCGAGGACGUCAAAUCCCGACCAAUAUGAUUUGCAGUUUAUGAGGGAUAUGGCCGGAACAAUCAUGGAGCAUCUGGCCGUGGAGCAAUCUGCACUCAAGAAUUACCAGGCGGAGCGAAUGAUCGUCGGUCUAGGCAGUUUUGUGGAGGGCAGGUCCACUCUUCGUGAUUCGUGGAGAGAAGCCAACGCACAGUAUGCUGCAUCGGAGCAGUCCGGAGAGCCUAUUGAAGGGCAGUUGAAUAUUCAACAACAACAUCUGCAAGAACAUGCGACGAAGAAAGACCAAACGGACCUUGCUUUCCGCGACACACCAGUGAAAGCCAAAGAUGAAUCCAAUCCUGAAAUAAACGGCAAUGAAACGCGGUCAGACCCCAACCCAAAAUCUAAGGUCGAGGUCGAAGACAAUACUGUUAGAAGCGUGCUUGCAGGAGACAACCUCCAGGAUGAUAGCCUUUCCUCCGGCAUAAAACAGGUGUGCUCGCGAGCGGCUAACUUGAUUCGGGAAUCGAUUGGAGCAGAGGGCGUGAUGUUCCUUGAUGCCAAUAGCGAGCGUUUUGGAAGCCUAAUCAAGCAAAACCAUCGCAAAGUAUCGGGGCCUACCUCGAAAGAUCUUAGCUCAAGUGGCGACGAGAGCACCGACUCAGCAUCUUCGUCAAAACGCCCUAUGCCUGAUUUCGACAGAGAAUCCGAAACGGAAAAUCCACUUGUCUCUGAAUGCUUGGGCUUCUCAAGCUCCAGAACAUCCAGCAUUAAUGAUGGGCCCAGGGCUGGUCAAGCCAUUGUGGUCCCAGAGCCCCUUUUCACCUCCCUCAUUCGUCGAUAUCCCCGCGGGAAGAUUUUCACUUAUGACGCGAAUGGAUUCAUUUCAGAAGACAGUGACACAAGGAGCGCCGGGUCACAAUCCAACAUCUUUGCUGGCGCCCCUCGAGGGGAUAAGGCACGGCCCAGGAGCAAGAAGCGACGCAAGCCACACUUCAAACAGGAUGCCGAUAAUUUGAUCAAAAUAUUUGCCCAUGCCAGGAAUAUCCUUCUUCUACCAAUUUGGGACUCCGACAAAGGCAGAUGCUUUGCCGGGACGCUUGUCUGGACUAAUGAUCCAGGUCACAUUUUCACGACGGAGAAUGAACUAGUGUACAUAUCGGCCUUCACAAAUAGUAUUAUGGCCGAGAUACGUCGCCUGGAUGUUGAGAUAGCGGAGAAAGCCAAAACCAACCUUGUCAGCAGCAUCACCCAUGAGCUUCGAAACCCGCUGCACGCCAUUUUAGGAACAGCGGAUAUCCUUAGCGACACAGCCAUGAAUGCUUUACAACACGGCAUGGUUCAUACCAUCGAGUCAUGUGGGCGGACACUUUUGGAUACUAUAAACAAUCUUCUCGAUCUCACGUUCAUUGACAAGUACCAGAAGAAAGCUCCGCGCCCAAAGAGGAAGUCAAGAAAGAAGCAGCAAGCAAUGCCUGCAGGUGCGAAGGAUAUGAGCAGCGGUUCUACCCAGGACAGUGGCCGAAGUGUUUCGUACACGCAUGUCGAAUUGGAUACAGUGCUUGAGGAGGUUGCAGAUUGUGUCUUUGCGGGAUAUAGCUUCUACACUCAUCCACAGGCACCCCCUCCAGCCUUGACUGGGGAUUCCUCGAGAUGGGCUGGUCCAACGAAAAAAUCCGACGCAGUCGGCCCUCGAGCCAGUCAAGUGACCAUCAUUUUCGAUAUCCAGCCAGACACUGAAUGGGACUUUUACACCCAUGCUGGAGCCUGGCGUCGUAUCUUGAUGAACGUUUUUGGAAAUGCUCUCAAGUAUACCCCGUCGGGGUACAUUUACCUUGGAUUGAAAUCUAUGCAACGUGAAACUGGGUCUGCAGACGAUAAUCCCGAAUUUGAAGUCACUCUCACUGUAAAGGAUACUGGCAAGGGCAUUGGGGCGCAAUAUCUCCAAAAUGACGUAUUCACUCCGUUCAGCCAGGAAGACCCUCUUGCGUCUGGAAGCGGUCUGGGACUGAGCAUUGUUCGACAAGCGGUCGGCUUCCUCAGUGGGUCCAUUGAGAUUGAAUCGACUCAGGGGGUCGGAACAAAUCUCUCGAUUCGAACUCCACUCACUCGUUCCUCUGGUACACCGGACGCCUCCUCGUCAGACUCAAAGUUUAGCUCUUUGCAGAGAUAUACGCAAGACAAGACAAUUGGCCUGUUAGGUUUUGGAUCAUCCCUCCACUCCCAACGAGACACAGCCCUCUAUUCAUCCUUGGAGCGACUAUGCUGUGAUUGGUUUGGUUUGAAGGUAUCCAACGUGUCGCCCAUCAAAGACGAACAUUUCCUAUUCGACUUCUACUUGGCAGUACAGACUGAGCUGGACAGUGAAGAUACUGAGGGGAGAAACCUCUUUGCCCUAUCGUCACAGCUUGCUUACAAAGAUGGAUGCCGCUCACCCGUUGUCGUUAUCUGUCAGUCUCCCGAGGAAGCCCACAGACUAUUCGUUGCAGCUAAGAACCGUGAUCAAACGGCCUUCUUCGAAUUUAUCAGCCAGCCGUGUGGACCACGGAAGCUAGCUCGUGCGUUGAAUAUCUGCAUCAAGAGGCAGAUGGACCAAGAAGCUGGUCGCCCCAGUGCUGAUGAGCCGACUCACUGGGUGGAGAUGCCGGAAUCUUCUCACCUGCCCAUGGACCUCGGAGCCGUUGAUCCUCCCAAAGAACGAAUGAAAAUCAGCAAGCGACCAACAGCGGAGACAAUGGCUGAUUCAAAUCGUGAAGGGGCUAAAUCUCCACCAACCGAGCAAUACCAACAAGCAAACCCACAGGGUGGCGCCCAAGUAAUGUCUUCCAGCAAGACGGCAGAACAAGAAACGCAGGCAGAUACAACCGGAUCGAAAGUUCUCUUAGUUGAUGACAACGACCUGAAUCUGCAGUUACUCUGUGCCUACACUAAAAAGUGUGGUCGGAAUUAUGUGACUGCAAAAGAUGGCGCAGAGGCGGUGGAGAUCUACAAAGCCGACCCCGGCAAGUACCAAGUUGUGAUUCUCGAUAUAUCAAUGCCCGUCAUGGAUGGAUUUGAAGCCUCCCGACAGAUGCGCCGUUCAGAGAAGGAGCACCGGGCUGGCUUGAGCGAAGCGGCUCAAAAGUCCCUGCCACACACAGUCAUUGCCGCAUUGACUGGACUUGAUAGCCCUAAUGCUCAGAAAGAAGCUUUCGGAUCAGGAAUCGACACAUUCCUGAUUAAGCCCGUCAAGAAAGGAGAUGUACAGGCUAUCUUAGAGUAG